GUUCCAACUAGAAAUUCAUUCAAAACAAAACUUUUGAAAGUGUUCAGAUAUAAUUUUCUAGGAAAUAAAGUGUUAAAUAUCAGUGAUUUAAUAUCUUAUUUAUUAUAGCUUACCUUCAGCUGUACUUGGUUGUCAGAAAAAGUGUAAAUAAUGAGUUCUCUGCUGUCCGCUGAACUUUCUGCAACUUGCAAUGCUUUGGGUACUCUUAAUAAAAAAAGUGGAAAAUACAUGAUAGAUGAAUUUUCUCUCAACACAGUAAAAGAUUUAAUUAGAUAUUUACGUCGAGAUGGAGAGGAACAUGAAAUCCGUAGACAUUUAGGACAGACAAAAGUGUUACAAUCUGAUUUGAUACCCAUGCUUGUAGAUCAUUGGGAAAAUAGUGAACUUUUUGAUGUUACCCUUAGGUUAAUAGUGAACUUAACAACUCCAGCACUUUUGCUAUAUAGAGAAGAAGUGCCCACUGAUAGGUCAGCUCGUCACAACUACUUGCAUGUUCUGUCACAUCUGCAGUCCUACAAAGAAGAGUCGUUCACAAAGGUGGAUACUUGGCAAGUAUUUGCCAAGAAAUUAACCAAGGUUUUGGAAAUUGAUUGGUCAGAACGAGAUGAAGAUACAGGACUGAUCAUAGAAAGAAUACUGAUAUUGAUUAGAAAUGUCUUGCAUGUUCCUGCUGAUUUGGACAAAGAAAGGAGACCAGAAAAUGAUGCUAGUAUUCAUGAUCAGGUUCUGUGGGCCUUAAAUCAAUCAGGAAUACUUGAUGUAAUAUUAUACAUGUCAUCAGAAAAUGAAAAACAAUAUUUCAUGCAUAUAUUGGAGAUUAUAACACAUUUACUCAGAGAACAGAAUCCAACAAACUUAGCUGAUGCAGCAUUGCAGAGAAGUGUUGAAGAAAAAUUGAGAGAUGAACAAGAGCUGUUAACAAUUAGGAUGUCUGAGACAAAGGAUAGAGUAAAUAAGAUAAGACAGUAUUCAUCAACUAGGCACUCAAGAUUUGGGGGUACUUAUGUUAUACAGAAUAUGAAGUCAAUAUCUGAAAAUGAGCUUAUUUGCUUAAAACCUCUAAACACAAUAUCUAACCUAGACUUUAAUGGUAGUAAAAAAUCGAAAUUAGUGAAACCCAAAAAUAGAAGGCCGACUGAAAGUGGUGCUAUGGAACGGAGAUCACCAUUUGCUGUAAGGCUAUUCCUGAAAGAGUUCUGUAUAGAAUUUCUCAAUAGUGCGUACAAUCCAUUGAUGCAUUAUGUAAAGGAUGUCUUAGUGAGGUCGAUAGCACAACAAAACGAUGAGUCAUAUUAUUUAUGGGCAGUUAAGUUCUUUAUGGAAUUUAAUAGAGGGCAUAAAUUUAAUGUUGCUCUGGUUAGUGAAACAAUGUCUGUACCUAUGUUUCAUUACGUGCAACAGCAAAUGGAGAAAUACUACGACAUGAUACGUGUUGAGAAAAAGAAAUUCUCCAGCUGGGUUCGAAGGUUACAUCUAGCUCUCAGAUCUUAUAAAGAGUUGCUGUACACUCUUUUAGCCAUGGAUACAGCAGAGGAUGUAAGUGUUAAGGAGUCGGCUAAAGUUAUCAAAAGUAAUAUAUUCUAUGUGCUGGAGUAUAGAGAGUUCAUAUUAUCAAUAAUUUUGAAUUAUGAUGAAAACAAAAUGCCAAGGUCAUAUUUAGUGGAUCUUGUUGAAACCGUCCAUUUGUUUUUAAAAAUGUUAGAACAUUAUUGCAAGAAAACUGGGUUGGUUGUUCAAAAAAAAGUUCGAAAGAAGCCUAGCAAGCCAAGAAAACAAAAGCCGCGUACAAAGGCUCAGGCACAGGCACCGAAGACUGAUACACCGUGGGAGGUAGCGAGGGAGCAGAUAGCGGUAGUGCUGACGUCACAGAUUGAAGAUUGCCUUCCGCCGUUUGACGCCGCUUCCGAUGUUCCGAUAGAUCAACAAAAGGAGGACUGUAUGAAGAAAAUCCAGAAACGAAUGCGAGAGGGUCAGUAUGAAGAAGCUGUGGGAACAUUUAGAGCUGCCAGGGAGGUGUGGCCGGAAGAAGGCAUAUUUGGUACUGAUGGUAUUCAGGAACACGAAGAGCUGGAAAUGUUGGAAACUAUUUACAACACAGACCUUGGAGUUGAACUUACAGAUAAUGCUGAAAAAGCAGAACCCGAAGAAAACUCGGAGGAUGAUGAUGAAGAAGAUGAAGAUGAAGAAGAUAAGACAACGGCUGUGGUUGAAACAGAAUUUGAUUUUCAAGACUUCGUUCAGAGGUUUUGCCAUCCUCGUGUUGUCAGCGGGUGCGUCUCUCUCCUAGAACGAUACGAAAAGAAUUCGGUCCAUACCAACCACUGCAUAGUGAAGAUGCUACACAGAAUAGCCUGGGACUGCAAACGGGCAGCCAUGUUGUUCCACGGCACUCUGUUCAUCACCUUCCAGAAGAUUCUAGCCAGCAAGCUUGCACAUUUCAAGGAACUGGAGAAAUUCGCGAUAUACAUAAUUAGAAAGUUCACGGAAGCCGCUUCGAAAUCGCCAAAGGUGUUCAUAGAGCUUCUGUUCUGGAAGACAGCUAAGGAUGCGCUGGAGAUCGAACACGGAUAUGAGCUCUAUAGUGAUGCGAGGGACAAAGUGGGAAAGAAUCAGUGGAGUGAGGAGCAAGAAGAAGAACUGCGCAAACUGUAUAUGGAGAACCAGAGCAAUCCUCAGACUAAUCAAGAUGUCAUUGAUUGGAUAUUGGACAACUUGAUCGACCAGACCAGAACUCGGCGUAGCGUGAUCAAGAAGCUCAAAGAACUGGGUUUGAUAUUUAGAGCUCCGACAAAACGGAGUAAUAAAGAACGGAAGGACAAGCUUCCAAAGACGUUUAGUGAAGAAGAAGACGAUAUGCUGAGGGAGCUGUGGACGCAGUAUGGAGAUAGCGACGAUCCCAUGGAAAUGAUAAUGACACGGAUGCCCCGCAAGCGGCAGAAACGGAGCUUCGUCGACAGACUGUUAGAGUUGGGGUUGAUAGAAGACCGGAAGCAGUGUAAAAAGAAGAGGAAAAAUAAAAGUGGAACUGCUGAAAACAAUGCAUCAUCAAACUCCGAAUCAGAAUCGAACGAUUCGGAUCGUUCCACCAGAAGCCUAUCGCCUGCUCCGAAGCCUAAGAAGAAAAAAGAGGCUCAGAAGAUGAGAAAGAAAGCGACAGAGAGAAAUGUGGAGAUGAGUGCGAACGAGAUAGCAUCAUUGUUAGUGCGAGCUGUUAACGAAGGUCAGACUGAAGCACUGAAGUGGCUCGCCGAUAGCUUAGAAGAAGUGGCGUUGGAUCAAGAAGCAGACGGUUACGACCCCACAUCUGAGGGGAUCCCAUUAGUUCCUAUUUCUUCGGAUUGCGUGGAUGCUAUGGACAACAAACUGUUCCAGCUUAUACUUAAAGCUAUUGGUGUUGUUCCACCUAGUGAUGAACAGGAAACGUAUUGGCGUAUACCUAGUAUACUUCAUCACGAAACGAUCAGGAAAAGACGGGAAAUUAUUAACAAAGCCAUUAAUAAUGAACUUAUUGUUAACUUACAAGAUUCAAACAAGAACGAUUCUAGUGAUGACGAUGACUUGUUCGAUAACCUAAGAAAAAUAACGAAUCUUGGUGGAACCGAACUUAAUAAUAGUGACAAACAAAAAGAAACUAAUCAAAUUAAUUGCAAGACUGCAACCGUUGUUGGAAAUGACAUUGCUGAAAACGAUAGUGAUGAUGAGGAUUCAAUAAGUAAAGUUAAUAUUAGAAGCACGAAACGCAAAAGAACUAUAAGCUUAGAUUCUGAGAGUUCUUCUAGAGAUAAACUACCAAGGAUCCAUGAAGAUGUCGACGAAGAAGACAAAAAUGAUGACGACGAUGAUGACAUACUCGAGUUCGCUAAGAAGACACUGCAACAGGAUUUACCUGAUACUGAAGAUAUAUUAAGUGUCCUGCCGAAACAUGACUCAGACGACAGUGAAGAAGAGGCAGUAGAAAUGGUCGCGACUUCAAAACGCAAGAAGCUUCGAGUUAUAAGUGAUAAUGAAUCCGAAUAAAGUAUAAUUAGUAAUAUAUGAGUGUUAAUAUAC